AUGGCAUCAGCAGCGGCGAAGGCUUUCUGGAACAGCCCAGUCGGUCCCAAGACGUCGCACUUCUGGGGUCCCUUGGCCAACUGGGGCUUCGUCAUUGCGGGACUAGUGGACAUGCAAAAGCCGGUCGACAUGAUCUCGCCAAAAAUGACUUCAGUCAUGUGCGUGUACUCCGCGCUGUUCAUGCGCUUCGCCUGGCGCGUGCAGCCCCGCAACUACCUCCUCUUCUCCUGCCACUCCGCCAACGAGACCGUCCAACUCAUUCAGCUCUCGCGAUGGGCCCUCUCAGAACCCGUAGCAGAGAAGCCAGCAGAGCCUGCGGCUGCUCCUGCUGUUGUGGAGAAGGCAGCAGAUUACAAGGGACAGUCGCCUCCACUUCCCCCUCCCGUCGCCUCCACUUCCCCCUCCCGUCGCCUCCACUUCCCCCUCCUGUCGCCUCCACUUCCCCCUCCUGUCACCUCAACUUCCCCCUCCCGUCGCCUCCACUUCCCCCUCCCGGCACCUCAACUUCCCCCUCCCGUCACCUCCACUUCCCCCUCCCGUCGCCUCCACUUCUCCCUCCCAUCGCCUCAUCUUCCCCCUCCCGUCACCUCCACUUCCCCCUCCCGUCGCCUCAUCUUCCCCCUCCCGUCGCCUCCACUUCCCCCUCCCGUCACCUCAACUUCCCCCUCCCGUCGCCUCCACUUCCCCCUCCCGGCACCUCAACUUCCCCCUCCCGUCACCUCCACUUCCCCCUCCCGUCGCCUCCACUUCACCCUCCCAUCGCCUCAUCUUCCCCCUCCCGUCGCCUCCACUUCCCCCUCCCAUCGCCUCAUCUUCCCCCUCCCGUCGCCUCCACUUCCCCCUCCCGUCACCUCAACUUCCCCCUCCCGUCGCCUCCACUCCCCCCUCCCGUCGCCUCCACUUCCCCCUCCCGUCACCUCCACUUCCCCCUCCCGUCGCCUCCACUUCCCCCUCCCAUCGCCUCAUCUUCCCCCUCCCGUCGCCUCCACUUUCCCCUCCCGUCGCCUCAUCUUCCCCCUCCCGUCGCCUCCACUUCCCCCUCCCGUCGCCUCCACUUCCCCCUCCCGUCACCUCAACUUCCCCCUCCCGUCACCUCCACUUCCCCCUCCCGUCGCCUCCACUUCCCCCUCCCUCGCCUCAUCUUCCCCCUCCCGUCGCCUCCACUUCCCCCUCCCGUCGCCUCAUCUUCCCCCUCCCGUCGCCUCCACUUCUCCCUCCCGUCGCCUCAUCUUCCCCCUCCCGUCACCUCAACUUCCCCCUCCCGUCGCCUCAUCUUCCCCCUCCCGUCGCCUCCAUUUCCCCCUCUCGUCGCCUCAUCUUCCCCCUCCCGUCGCCUCUACUUCCCCCGCAACGACAAAUGCCAAGUACUAG